AUGCCUCCCUCAAAGCAGGUCAUAGCGGUGAUUGUGGCUUCAUGGGCAUUGUGCCCCAGCGUAGCAGCGAUCCCUCAAUAUCCAGGCAUCGCUGCAGGAAACCCGGGGCCUGUCAUCACGACAGGGACCAACUCAUCAACGUCGACUUCGGCAUCUGUUUCUCUUGCAGGGAGCAGCAACUCAAGCAAGGUCAUUCCCAUCGCUGAGAGUGUGGUGCAUUCACUCCACCCGUUCUCUCCAGCUCUCUCCUCUACGCCAUCCUCCGAGUCACUCCAUCUCCCGCCUGGUGUGACCCCCUCCUCUGAGCCAGUGAUCCACCCCUUCCCUUCAGGUGUGCCCCACGACGGCGCAGGAGAGCAUAUCCCACACCCAGCUCUAAGCAUCUCGUCUCCAUCAUACCUCAUCAGCAGCAGCAGCAACAGCGUCAUCCGCAUUCCGCCGUCAGACGGCAUCGUGCAUCCCACCACGACCACCAGCUCGAGGGUCGAAGACCCCAGCAAACUACCCGACAGCAGCUCUCAAUCACACCUUCCAGAUCCUACGACUCCCUGGCCAAAGGAUCCAAAGGAAAAUGAGCCUGCAUGUCCGUCCGUGCAAUGCCCGCCCUGUCCCUCCGUCCACACGGUCACGGUCACGGUGGCGGCCACGACCAGUAGCAGUAUCAGCAUCAGCAGUAGUAUCAGCAUCAGCAGUGGCAGCACCACCACCAGCAGCGUCAAACACACCCACGUCUUGAAAAGAGGACUAUUCAACCACGGAGCCAGUGGAGUCCUACCAGAGAGCUUCACCGCCAGCACCACGCCAGACACCAAGCCUAGCAACGGCGACAAAAAGGACGCGGACGCGGACGAGGAGGACGAGGACGAGGAAGAGGAAGAGGAAGACAUUCUUAUCUGCCUCCUCCCGGAUGAUAUCCCUGUCUGCAUUCCCCCGUCUUCUUCUACGGGAGUCUCUCAGCCGCCUCCGAGCAGCAGCAGCAGCAGCAGCAGCAGCGGAAUGAUAUCUAUUCUGACUAGUAUCAGCCGCGGAGGCAUCAUUCCGGGCCCUGAACCUACCUUGACGACACUCAGCGGGAGUAUCCAACCAACGCGCACCCCGUCAACCCGUACACGCACUCGCACUCGCACUCGCACCCGCACCCGCAUCCGCAGCCGAACAAUUCGACCUCCAUCGACGACACCCUCGAAGAUCACUACGAGUAGCAGCACCAGCACCAGCAGCGUCAGCGUCAGCAUAAGUACCAGCACCAGCAUCGACGCAAUCCACCCACCCCACCUCCCACCCCCGUCCCUCCCAAUCCCAACUCCCUCCCCCGUCCCAUCAAUCACCCUCCCCACGAUCCCAAUGCCCGGGCCCUCUUUCCCAGCUUCAGGAGAACAGGAAGAGGAACCCCAUGCCCCUCCCCAUCCCCAUCCCCCACCCGCACCCCCAGCGCCAACUCUACAAACAACAACACCGACAAGACACAUCUCCUCGACAACAGUCUCCGGCUCCUUCUUCGCUCCUAGCUCGUCGACAGCAACUGCUGCUGCUGCUGCUGCUACAGCGCACAUAGCGCCACCGGUACCAGCGCCAGCGCCAUCGCAGAGCCAUUAUCAUAAUAAUCAGUACCUGUCAGCGAGGGAGACUGAGAACGGCUUUACUAGGUAUCCGGUGAUUCGGCGGGAGAUACAGCAGGCAUAA